GCAUACUCUGUCUAUGAUGAAGACAUUGGCUAUUGCCAGGGACAGUCUUUCCUUGCAGCUGUGCUUCUACUUCAUAUGCCGGAGGAGCAGGCAUUCUGUGUAUUUGUGAAAAUAAUGUAUGACUAUGGCUUGAGGGACCUCUACAGAAAUAACUUUGAAGAUCUCCAUUGCAAAUUUUUCCAGCUGGAGAAGUUAAUGCAGGAGCAGUUACCAGACUUGUAUAGCCAUUUCUCAGACCUCAAUUUGGAAGCUCAUAUGUAUGCAUCCCAGUGGUUCCUCACUCUUUUUACUGCCAAGUUUCCACUCUGCAUGGUCUUCCACAUCAUUGACUUACUACUUUGUGAGGGUAUGAACAUAAUUUUCCACGUAGCCUUGGCUCUCUUAAAGACCUCAAAAGAGGACCUUCUACAAGCUGAUUUUGAAGGAGCUUUAAAAUUCUUCAGGGUUCAGUUGCCCAAGAGGUACAGAGCUGAAGAGAACGCCAGAAGACUGAUGGAACAAGCUUGCAACAUUAAGGUGCCAACAAAAAAGCUGAAGAAAUAUGAGAGAGAGUACCAAACAAUGCGAGAGAGUCAGCUGCAGCAGGAAGAUCCUAUGGACAGAUACAAGUUUAUAUGUUUGUAGGUAACUCUCCUGCUGUUGCACUUUUACGGGAGAUCUUCAUGAGACGCAGAAACAAAGGGUGAUUCUCAGCUACAGACACAAAAAGGAGAAAAUACACAUUGUGCUAGCACAAGCUGUGUGCAGUGGCAUCCACAGAGACUUUUGGAAGAUGAACUCUUCCUUGACUGAUAUGAUCCUUGUUAUUCAUCUCUGUUUAUACCAAGCGUUAGUAAUUUUUUGUGAAUAUAAUGCCUAGUACGGUGGGACGCAGAGCUCUCCUCAGGUCCCAAGGUACUACUGCAGUAGAAUUAAUAGUGAUAAGUAUCCUGCUUUAAAGCAGCAGAGAAAUAAAGGUUCAGUUAUUAAUAGGAUAGCUUGAUAGUUCACCAAAAAAGAAUAGUUCUUUAAUUUUGGAUCAGCAUUGCUUAUCUUACCAAUGUAUUUGCUUUUAUUGUCACUGCUACCUUCUGUUGCCAUAGAUUUUUGUGUGAUGGAGGCUCUGCCUCUAGGCAUAUACUUCACUUAGUGUUCAGGAUCCAUUUAUUGCUUACCCUGUUGUGAAAAAUUCAGUUUUCUUUAGGUGAAGCUGCCAGAGAUGAAGCACUUUACUGCCCAUUGCCCAGGUUAGCUGGGAACUGACAUUGCUUACAUAUACCUGUACUGUUUUCCUGCUGUUCUUCAUUGUGCCUUAAUCUGUUAAGUGACAUUGCAGUUGGUACGGAGUCUACCAGGAGUGUGGAGUAGUAAAUAAUCAUACAGGGUGCAACAGGUUUACGUGGUCUGUGAAUGUAAGGAAAGCGCACCAUGUUCAGAAAACCACAGUAUGAAAAUCUGUAGUGAAAGACUAUGCCAUAAUUCAUAAAUGUGACAAGAUAGAGUUACAGGUAUAGACAAAGUAAAACUGACUUU